AUGCCUAGGCCUUCGGUUGACCCGUCGGAUCCUCGCAACUGGGCGCUCCAUAGCAACCUGGCGGAGAGCUUCCAUGGCGAAGAAGACAAGAUCGAAGACCUCAAUAAUCAUGACAGUUUUCAUGACCGCCCCUUUGACAUCCCCAAACACGCAGACGCCCUUGGUAGUAUUUUCUCAAAGGAAAAGCCCAUUCCAACCGAGAACUCAAGUGUCUUUGACCAGGACCAGGUGGAUCAUCCAGAGACCGAACAGUCAUUGGGCAUCCUCAUUGACGAGCUUGAUGCUGAAGAUGGUAAAGAGCCCGACCCGGAUGCGGCUUCAAUUCAUGCUGGCCAUGUCAGCGAACUCCCUCAGUCCUGGCUCGGUACCAGUCUCGAAGAUGGUCUUAAUGACGAGGAGGUGAUUGUUCGACGUAAGAAAUAUGGGUGGAACGUCAUGAAAGAAGCCAAGAGAAACCAUAUUCUCAAGUUUUUGUCCUUUUUCAUGGGCCCAGUUCAAUGGGUCAUGGAGGCUGCCGUCAUACUUGCUUGUGGCUUGCAGGACUGGAUCGACUUUGGCAUCAUUUGCGGCCUGCUUGUUCUCAACGCCGCUGUCGGAUUCAUUCAAGAGUACCAUGCAGGCAAUAUCGUUGAUGCUCUUAAGAAUAAUCUUGCUCUCAGAGCCCAGGUUGUUCGAAAUGGCAAUCUGGUAGAGAUUACUUCCGCGGAAGUCGUUGUCGGGGAUGUCAUCCAAGUGAAAGAUGGUACGAUCAUUCCCGCCGACGGUAAAUUCGAAUCUCAAAACGCUUAUCUCCAGGUUGAUCAAUCUAGCAUCACGGGAGAAUCUCUUGCGGUCGAUAAACACAAAGGCGAUGUUUGCUAUGCUUCAUCUACCGUCAAACGUGGGACUGGUUUGAUGAUUGUAACUGCCACCGGUGACCAUACAUAUGUCGGGACGGCAGCUGCCCUGGUCAACAAGGCUUCAAACAAUGUGGGACACUUCACCCAGGUCUUGAACGGAAUGGCGCACAUCCUUCUGAUUUUCGUUAUUCUUGCACUCCUUGUGAUCUGGAUUGCCAGCUAUUAUCGUUCCAACGGCAUUGUGCAGAUCUUAGAGUUUACCCUUGCAAUCACCGUGAUCGGAGUACCCGUCGGUCUUCCUGUGGUGGUCACCACCACAAUGGCCGUUGGGGCAGCAUAUCUAGCGAAUCGCAUGGCAAUUGUGCAAAAGUUGUCGGCUAUUGAGUCGCUAGCAGGCGUUGAAAUCCUUUGUUCCGACAAAACAGGAACCCUCACUCGGAACAAACUGACCCUUGGGGAGCCAUAUACAGUGACUGGGAUGACAACAGAGGAGCUCAUGUUGACUGCAUGUCUAGCAGCAACUCGAAAAUCCGGCGGAAUCGAUGCCAUUGACAAGGUGUUUCUCAGAGGUCUACGCAACUAUCCGUUAGCGAAGUCUCAGAUCCCUAUGUAUAGAACCAUUGAGUUUAUCCCAUUCGAUCCUGUUUCAAAAAAGGUGACUGCACUUGUCGAGAAUCAUGAAGGGGAACGAAUGAUCUGUGUCAAAGGAGCACCGAUGACAAUCUUGCGAACUGUGCAGGCAGAAACUGUCUUGUGUCAACCUUUCAUCGAUGAAUACAAGGCAAAGGUUACAGAGUUUGCUGAUAAAGGAUUUCGUGCUUUGGGUGUGGCUCGCAAGCGAAGUGACAAGAACUGGGAAAUUCUUGGUAUCAUGCCCUGCUCUGACCCGCCUCGCCAUGACACGGCUAAAACGAUAUCUGAGGCCCAAAGUUUGGGUCUUUCCAUCAAGAUGCUCACUGGAGAUGCAGUUGGCAUUGCUCGUGAAACAGCUCGCAAACUUGGUCUGGGAACUAACAUUUACAAUGCUGAGCGCCUGGGCAUCACCGGCGCCGGCGAAAUGCCUGGCUCGGAGGUCAACGAUUUUGUUGAAGCUGCGGACGGAUUUGCAGAGGUCUUCCCACAGCAUAAAUACAGCGUGGUAGAAAUUCUUCAGCGUCGUGGAUACCUUGUCGCGAUGACCGGUGACGGUGUCAAUGAUGCAGCCUCGCUUAAAAAGGCAGACACGGGUAUUGCCGUUGAAGGUGCCUCUGAUGCGGCUCGCUCUGCUGCUGAUAUUGUGUUCCUGGCACCUGGCCUGUCUGCAAUCAUUGAUGCCAUCAAAACCUCUCGCCAAAUCUUUCACCGAAUGUACGCAUAUGUUGUUUACCGUAUCGCCUUGUCAAUACAUCUAGAGUUGUUUCUCGGGCUCUGGAUUGUGAUUAUGAAUGAGACUCUCGAUCUACGAUUGAUUGUCCUUCUCGCAAUAUUUGCAGACAUUGCGACUCUGGCCAUUGCGUAUGACAAUGCCUCAUAUUCUCAGCUCCCAGUAAAAUGGAACCAACCAAGGCUGUGGGGAGAAUCAAUCAUUCUUGGUGUUAUACUUGCUGCCGGAACCUGGGUUACCCUUGGUACUAUGUUGCUGCAUGGUGACGAGGGUGGUGUGAUUCAAGGCUGGGGCUCGCGGGAUGAGGUCAUCUUCCUGGAGAUAACCCUAACCCAAAGCUGGCUCAUCCUAGUUACUCGCCUAACUGGAUCGAUGUUCAGUAAUUUACCCUCGAUGCAUCUUACUGGUGCUGUGCUGGUUGUCGAUGUGACCGGGUCUCUGAUGGCUCGCUUCGGCGCUUUCGGUACACCAACAUCGGGACUGACGAUCCUGCGAGUCUGGAUCCUAGCCUUCGGGGUAGCUGCUGUUAAUGCAAUGGUUUAUGUUUUACUGCACAAUUCUGAUAAGUUUGACAACCUCAUGCAUGGCCGCAGUCUCCGCAGCAAGGGGAAGGAUCGUUCCUGGGAAGACUUUGGUCUCGCCAUGCAACGUAUGGCCAACAAUCACGAAAAGUCUGCUUAA